AUGCAUUCUACGAAGCUGGUACUGGUGGCUCUUCUCUGCCUCUCACACGCACUUGUCCUGAGCCGUUCUGAAAGCGUCCUAGUACGGUUCGAGGCGUACAGGUAUAAUCCUCUGCAAGGACCCUUUGCUUCUGCUGCAGACAGACUUGAACGGCAGCUUAUGCUUCUCUACGAUAUGACGGACAUAGCGGAAGAGUACGACGACAGUGCAGGAUCUCCGAGGGAUAUAGGGUCCUUUCUGAACAGAAGCGCAGCGUACAUCUUCAAGACCGCCAAGAUUCCUGAGGUUGUGAAGGAGAGCUUGAAUCAAACGAGACUGUGGAACAACAUGACAGAGCUGCACGAGACCGUGAGAACUUUCAAGGCCAUCCUCCAUCACCUCUCUAAGUCCUCCGUGCCCCCAUCAGAGCAAGACCAGUACCUCGCUACCUGCUUCAAGGCUGCUGCGAUCCCUGUGCAGGCGAGGCUGAAGGGGCUGCAGGAGAGGCAGGCAGGCAACAAGCCUACCAAGAUUCUCCUGAGCUCCCUGAGCUCCUUCAACAAGACGUUUCCCACGACCCCAAGAGAGGCCAUGUUGCGACGGAGACUACAGCAGAGCAAAGAGCAGUGCAGUCCGCGGGGCAUUGGAAGACGUCUGGAGCUGAAGCCUGUCCUGCUGCCUGCUGAGAUUCAUCAGAAGAUGCUGGUGGAGCAGUUCGAGCUCAGGUUGGCCUACCUGGGGAUCGAGAGCUCAAAGAUUCAGUUCCCUCAGGAAGACCGCCAAGUCAUCAACAUCAUUGAGGAAGGGGAAGCAUUCGCAGAACUCGUCCGCAACACCAAGGAGCUACCGAGAAACCAGUCCGCGUGGGGCAAGGCAGAGCAGAACAUCCUAUCAUACCAUCUAUGCAAGGCUGCCGCGCUCGGAGACAUCGGUACCCUCGAGAAGCUCAUCCUCCAUGGCGCCAGGGCGUCUUGGGCUUGUCCCCCAUGGGGCGACACUCCUUUACAUGCCGCCUGCAGGGCAGGGGAGGGCAAGGCUGCGUCCUUCCUCAUCGCCCGUGGAGCCAACCCGCACGCACUGACUGAGAUGGAGGGGUGGACCCCGCUGCACAUGGCGAGCGCAUCAGGGAACAGAGACCUUGUGGAGCUCCUCCUGCGUAUUGGAUCGCGUGUGACGCUGCAGGGUCCUCCCCCCUUCGACCUUAAUGCGUUCGACUGCGCAAUCGUGAAUGGCAUCGACAGGAGUGACCCUGUGGUCAUCCGCCUUCAGAACACGUUAGAAAAUGUGCUGGGGAGGAGGGACAUUCCGACAUGGGAGGAGAGGAUGUUGCAGGAGAAGAAGCAGAAGGAUUUAGAGUUGAAGCAGAUGAAGAUGGGGAUCCAGACUCAUGCUAGGAUCAUUCCCAAUAUGCAUGUGCAUGUUGACUCAAACCUUCAAGAUCGAAAGAGGCGAACUUUGUUGGACAGCAUGCAGACGCAAGAAUAUGACCGUUCAGAUCGCAGCAAUAGGAUUAGCGUGCUGCACGGCGAAAAGAGGGAAGAGAAUCCUUCGAACUUCACACUAGGGCCUUCAAAGACCCAAGAGAUGGAAUUCGACACAUCAGACGACCUGCUAUGA